UUCCCCCCCAUUUUUUAAUGUCCACCUUGCUGUAGCGACUGUUCUCUGGGUCGCGUAAAAGCAGCAAAAACUUUUUGUAAAGCUCAGAGCGCUCCUGCGCAGCUGGGAUUGGCGGAGGCGGGGCGCGUUCCUCAGGUGGCAGCACCUGGGGCAGGUGCGUGUCGGUCACGUGGCCCAGCCAUCCGCCCCGGGAGCCGCCGCUUCCUUCCCUCCCUCCCGGAGUUGCUCCGCCGCCGCGGCCGGACGGAGAGAGGAAAUGCAGCCAGCGCCGCUUCUGGCUUUUUGGUGAGCCCCGGGAAAGAGUUUUAGCAGCGCACCGGUUGGCUCGUUUCCUCUUCUCGGGUGUAAGGUGGGCUCGGUUCUCGACAAGGGUCAAGAUGAGCAAGAUCCAAAAGUUCUUUAAGGGCGGGGGAGGCUCCGGCUACUCCAGAGGCAAAGGCAAGGGGGGCCCCACGCCCCAGGAGGCCUUGGCCCGCCUGCGGGAGACGGAGGAGAUGCUGACCAAGAAGCAGGAGUACCUGGAGGCCAGGAUCCAGAAGGAGCUGGCGGUGGCCAGGAAGCACGGCACCAGAGACAAGCGAGCUGCACUGCAAGCGCUGAAGAGAAAAAAGAGAUAUGAGAAACAGUUGAGCCAAAUCGAUGGAACACUUUCCACCAUUGAAUUCCAGCGUGAAGCACUUGAAAAUUCCCACACAAACACAGAAGUGUUCAAGAACAUGGGCUAUGCUGCCCAAGCAAUGAAAAAAGUACAUGAAAAUAUGGAUCUGGACAAAAUUGAUGACAUGAUGCAAGAUAUCACUGAACAGCAAGAUAUUGCCCAGGAGAUAACAGAAGCACUUACAAGAAAAGUUGGCGAUGAUUUUGAUGAGGAUGAGCUGCUGGCAGAAUUGGAGGAACUGGAGCAAGAAGAACUCAACAACAAAAUGACAAAUGUCCGAUUACCAAGUGUACCGGCCACGCCACUGCCCUCCCAACCUGCAUCUUCAAAGAAGAGAGUGGAGGAUGAUGACGACAUGAAGCAGCUGGCAGCCUGGGCGUCUUAACAGCAGCUUGGAGGUGUACAGCUACACUAUGGCCGGAGUUUGUGUGUUAUACACCAUGUGGUUGUGUUUGAUACAGAAAGGCACAAACUGGUCACUGCUGACACUCUGUAUGUUAAUUUUUUAAAAAACAGCUGGGAUUACUCCAAACCGGUAGUUAAGACAAUUUUCUCUACAGAUGUAGCCUUUUCUGGCUUUUAAAAUGCAUUGAAGAAACCAGAUAAGACUUGUAUUCCUGGGUAAUCACAGUAUUAUUUUGUGGCCUUGAGGCUGGCUGGCUGGCUCUCUCUCUUUUGGUGUCUGUAGGCAUCAAGUAAGAUUCAACAGCAGGCAAAGGUCCAGUUCUCACUAGUCUCCCCAGCGUCUUUCCCCUUUAGUCCAUGGAGGCUUUGAUCCUCAGGGUGAAUAUGUUGCAAAGGAAAGUAGAAGCAAUGGUGGAGAGCUAGAUUAGGUUAAAUGCUAGAGUUUCCCAACAUGUACAGCCCUGGAACAAGUUAUUGUAGAAAAACAGGAAUCUUCUUGCUUGAACCUUUUUCAGACUCAAGUUAAAAUUCAUAGUCCAUAGUCCAUUGGGCCACCAUUCAACUGUGAUUGCAUAAAGGAAAUGCAGGCCUGCAUAUAAUUUUGGCACAGUUGGAUUCUGUGGCGUUAUACAAAAUGUUCCUUCAUGCAGAUGCUUGUUCCCUUACUCAUAGGGGGAGGGGGAGAAAUCCAGUGGCAACUUAAAGACUAAUGUAAGUAUUAUAUGAACACCUCCUUACAUUAAUGAGUAUAGAAAGAUGACUUAAGCAUAAUCUUAUGUAGGUACGUUAGUCAUAAAGCACCAAGCAAUCUGAUUUUAUUAUAAAUAUGUUAGUCCAUGAGGUGUCACAAGAUUCUUGUUUAUUUUAAAUGCCAUCUAAGAUACUGAAUAUAAAGAGUGGAACUCUCACGGGUUUCUCAUUUGAGUUAGACUAACUCAGUUUUAAUAUACUUACAAAGGUUACUGAGAGGAAAUCCAGAUUAGAAUGAAUGUGUGGCCCAAUGAUUUAUCAAACCAUUUAAAGGACAGAAGAUGCUUCAUCCUGAAAUAAAGCGGGACACCCAAGUCUCUGUUGCAUUGCAGCUGGAUUGAAGAAGAGACUCCUCUGCUUCUCUCUGUGUAUCUUCUUUUUAAUGCUGAAUCCUUCAUAGUGAGACAGCAUAUUGCACUGCCUGUUCUUGGAAGGAUCAAUUGUGAAGGCUUUUAAAAGACUUUUUUUGAAAUGGCUGUAUCUCAUUUAUUCAAUUUCUUUUGUUUGAACGAAUUUCUUUAAAGGUUUAAUUACAGGAUUAGAAUAAUUUAUUUGAUUGUAUGUUUCAUAUUUCAUGUCCAAUUACCUUUUGACUAAGGGGACAAAACUAGAUGUAUGUUGAGAGAUUGUUGGUGACUGGAAAUGAGAGGCAAAUAAAACACAUUGCUAUGAAGACAGGUUUCUAUAUGAGAUUGACUCAAUAAAUUUUUAAUGUUUUGCUGUCAAGGAAAAUUUAACAAAUCACAUGUAUUGACUGUAAAAACAAACUUAGAAUGUGUUAUUGAUUUGGCUUGGAUCUAUAAACUGGACAGUAAUUGAUGAGAGGAAUCAGGCAUUGUAUCCAGUCUGCUGAUUGAUGCUUAGUCAUAUAAAAGCCUGAGUGGAAGAUGUAAACUUCUAGGGAAGACCUGUAACAAUUUUUAUAAAGCCAAGAAAUUCUGUGUACAAAAGAUUUUUUGUUUGUUUAUAAUUUUGUUUUCGUUUAUAGUUUCAGGAAACUAUACUUUAGCUUGACCCCGUAUGGUUACUGUGCUUGUCCAAACAUAGGUCACGGUUAGCGUUUAUCAGCCUAGGAUCUGACCAUAGUUGGUUUGGUUUAUUAGUCUUUCUUGGUGUAUGACCAUAGGAAUCUUGGCUUAUCUUGGGUCCUGUCCUUGAUGCAAUGCAGGCAGGGAUACUACUGAGUCUCUUUGAGGGAAGAGUGAGGAUGAUGUUGACAGAAACGCUCUUUAUUCCUCUGUACCAGUUUCUCCAGGAAAUGCUACAGUCUGCUUCUUCAUUUUAAGAAUCUGGAGUCUGUUUCUAAUCAAUUCUGUUUGGAUCAAAGAGAAAUUUAAAGGGGUGGGUGGGUAGGAAGGGAGGUUCUGCAAAAUUUCAGAAUUUCACCCUGCAGAUGCACAGAGGCAGGCAGCGUCUCCCCAAACUUCUCUGUCCUCCUGCUAAAGCACUACCCUGUGGUGUAACAUAAUACAACUGCAAGGGCUGAAGUUACAAAAAGGCAGCUUGAUUUCUCUUCAAAAAGAAAUCCAUAUUUUAAAAGAGAAAAAAAAAGACUAAGAAGUCAAUGGUUGUAUCUAAAAAAGCGAAUUCCCUUCCUCAUAACAAUGCUACUGUCAAGGCAAAGUAAGUUUUCCUUAUGUCUGCACUGUGUGUUUAAGUGCACCUCAGACUGAUUGGCAACAGCUGGUUGCAACAGAAACUCAAAGAAAUAUGUUGACUAUUCUGCCAGGCUUUUGGCCUUCCUGUACUUUCUUUACACAGGAGAAAAUGCUGUCAGGAAUAACCUAAGUCCAUGUCUUAGCCAUGUUGUGAAAAGUGCCUGUGAACUUCCACACAACUUAUUGCCAGGAAACUGCACUGGCAAUAGCCAUUGUCAGUCCUGUGUGGUGGUAGGCAUGCCUAAGGCUUAAGUGCACCUAACUCUGUGUGAUGUUGGGUUGCCAGUCACUUGAAAUUGCACACAUUUUAAAAGUGCAGGUUUCAUCCAAAUGUGUUCCUCAGGAGGUUAUGUGUAUUAACAGUAUAUCAGAUAAAAGAAAAAGAAUAAAGAGUGUAGGUGAUCCUCAUUUAAAGUUAUGUUCGUGGCAUGUUGUGAAAUACAAGUUAGGAACAUUUUUCUUCCUUCAUAUGAUUACCUUAGAAAAUCCUGUAUUCUAAUGUCUGAUUUUUUUUUCUAGGACAGCAAUUUUCUAUAGUGGUUUUUAAUACAGAAGACUCGGUUGAUCUAGUCCACACAAGCAGCAUUCAAUUAUUUUGCAGAAGCAUUUGGUCAGCGUACAAGACUGUAUAAAAGCUCUUGCUAUCUCAAUCCUCAAUACAGAUUUGCAUCUUGAUCCUAAAUACUUUAGGGUAGAAGCAGAUUAUUAAACAUAGGAUGCUGCGUCUGAAAAUGACAGCCCACAUCAUAAUCCCACCCAUUUAUUAGGCUGAGAAUGUCCUCAUUCCUGCCAGUGUUGUGAAUAGGGGGGUGGGAAAUGUCCAGUGUGGAUGUUGCUUGGAAAUAAAGGUGAGCUGCUAAGCAUCUAGGAGCAGGCCUGUUCCUUUUGAGAUACUCACUUCUGUCGUCCUUUGAAAUAAAUACACUUUGAAUGAC